AUAUACAUAUAUGUGUAUGUGUAUAUGGUAGAAAAGCAAAAGCAAAAGGCUGCAAUUGCAAAAGAUAGGACACUCUCAUCAGAAUCCAUCAACACCAGCAAAGAGCAAUUGAUGGCGGCGAUUAUGAGAAGUUAGGAAAGAGAGAGAAAGAGAGGGAGAACAGUCACACACGCAUAUAAACAUACACACACUCUCUCUCUUCUUUCUCUCUCUAGAAUAAUGAGAGCGACGAAGGAUAAAGAAAAGGGAAAAAAUUGGGAAGUGCGAGGAGGGAAGAACGGGACAUGCGUCUGGACGUGCCACGUGGCGAGAUGCCACUGGAUGGAUGCUUUUUCUCCGGCUCCCACAACAACACAAUCCCUGCUGCCAUGUCAGAUGGAAAGUGUUAACCCCGUCCUAUGACCACGGCGAGUCCGUAUCAUAUGCCUCUCUCUCUCUAACUUUCUCUCUCUAUUUAUUCGUGUCCCCUUUCUCUCCCUCUCUCUCUUCUCGUAUCUCUCGUUUUUGUACUUCAUGCCCUAAUCUGUCUCUCCUCUUCACUCUCUAUACAUAUAAGAUAAUCUGGCAAAUUAUCUGUAUUGAUUUUAUCUCUCAAUUUCUUGUGUUUUGAUCCAUUUACAAGAUUGGAAUGGCAUUCCGAAAAUUUUGAUACCUGAACUUUAUCAUUGACUCUGAUGUUAUUCCUGUCAAUGGUAUUCAUAAAUGUAACAUCCAGGAUCCAAAGAUGAAGGAGAAUGGUCCUUUGACUACUAAAAUGAUUAACAGAAACUGGGUCUUGAAGCGCAAACGGAGAAAGCUUCCAUGUGGUCCAGAUAUGUCCAAUGAUAAAGAUGACAGUUCCAUACCCUUGGAAUCUCCAACGAAUAUUUCUUCAUCAAAAUGCAAGCUGAAAGAAAUGUGUUCUGAUCAGUCUAUGAACAAGAGGAAAGGAAAUGAUGGGUACUAUUAUGAAUGCGUGAUUUGUGAUCUUGGUGGGAACUUGCUGUGUUGUGAUAGCUGUCCUAGGACCUAUCACCUUCAGUGCCUUAAUCCUCCUCUUAAGCGCAUUCCAAUGGGAAAGUGGCACUGCCCAAACUGCUGUCAGAAAAGUGAUUCGCUUGAGCCCAUAAACCAUCUAGAUCCUGUCCCGGAAAAAGCAACAAAGAUUGUCAUUGGAAAAUCUAAAGCUGGAAUUAAAUCAUCUGACUCUGACAAGGUCUCCCGGAUUUUUGGAAGCUCCAUUCUUGGAAAGAAAAGGUCUUCAGGCAAAAGAAAAUCUUCGUUAUCUCACAGAGUUCUAUCUGUUGAAAAAACUCUAAAUUCUUCCCAUGACAACGAAUCUUCUAGUGCCAACCCUAGUCAUCCAUCUCAUGGUGGUUCUAUAGGGGGUAAUUCUUCACAUGUGAAUGUUGAUGGUGAGAAGAAACCUGAGUUGUCUCUAACAGAUAUACCAACAGAAAAUAAGUCACCCUCUGCUUCUAAGGAAGUCUUGUCUCUAUCUAGGAUUACAGAGUCAAAGUUGAAUGAUGUAGUUCCAGAGAAGAAGCCUGACCUGUAUUGGAACAAUGCAUCUCCAAGAAACAAACUUGUCCCUAGGUCGGAUGCUGCUAUUCAGAAAGCCAGGAAAAGAAAGCAUAAGCUUCAUAUUGGCGGCAAUCAAAAGAAGCCUAGAACUGAUAAAGGUAAAUUCAGUGCAAAUAAUUCUCAUAAACAUGGACCCAAAACAAUUUCCGCAUCUCCUGGAGCCAGUAAACCUCAUCGAAAACGUAAUACUGCUAACAAUGGGGCUUCUGCAUCUCUGUCAAACGAGGAUUGUCGAUUCAAAAAAAGUGUGGAUAUUCAGCGAAAGGAUGAGAGGGUUCCUGAGGAAGCAGGACAUUCGUGGCAUGAAUUACAUGAAGCUGGAAAAAUUGUAAAUGAAACAGUGACAUGUGAAGAUCAUGUUCCUGAUGAAGUCCAGCAGGUCGAUCGAGUUUUGGGGUGUCGAGUAAAAGGUGAUGACAUGAACUCUUCACGUCAGAUCUCUAUGAUGGUUGCAAAUGACCUGCCUUCAGAGGAUUCACUAACUCCAGAUAAACAAAAUAGACUAUCAGAGGAAAAUCCCAGCUGUGAUACAACUUUAGAUGGUGGAGCUGCUGAAAAUUUUCCUGAUGGCUGUCAUAAUACUGUGAGCUAUUUGGAUGAGGAAAAAAAUCCUAAAAGUGAUAUGGGAGGGGAUAAGAUACAGGUAUAUAGGAGGUCAGUCACCAAAGAAUGUAGGGAAGGGGAUGCCACAGAUUCAGUGAGGAAAGAUAUAAAUGGUUCUAGCUCUACACCGCUAAAUGAUAAAAAUCAAGAUGUCUCUGCUUCAAGUACAGAAGACUUGGGGAAAACAGUUGAAAAGAAUUCUGCAUCAGAGAAUAUUGAUGCUAGUUUGAGAAGUCGUGAUGAUAAUCAGGUUUCAAACAAUUGUGAAAUACCUGAAUCUCAAGAAAUCAGUGACACAAAGGAAGCAGAUAUUGAAAUAAUGAAUAGUGGUCCAGAAAGAAAACUCCAAGAAUCCAUAUUGGCUCAAUGUGCAUCUUCUGGUGGAGUUGCAGUUUCAUAUGAAUUUUUAGUUAAGUGGGUUGGGAAAUCACAUAUUCACAAUAGUUGGGUUUCUGAAUCCCAGCUGAAACUUUUGGCAAAGAGAAAACUGGAUAAUUACAAGGCAAAGUAUGGGACUGCAGUGAUAAAUAUCUGUGAGGAAAGGUGGAAGCUGCCUCAGCGGGUGAUAGCUUGUCGUUCCUCCAAAGAGGGUGCAACCGAAGUUUUUGUGAAGUGGACUGCUCUUCCUUAUGAUGAAUGCACUUGGGAAAGAGUGGAUGAACCUGUGAUUGCGAAAUCAUCCCAUCUGAUUGAUUUAUGUAAUCAGUUUGAAUGCCAGACAUUUGAAAGAGAUGCAAUCAAAGAUGCAACACCAAGGGGAAAACGUGAUCGUCAACAAAGUGAUAUAGUUACCCUCUCUGAGCAACCCAAGGAGCUGGAAGGAGGUUUAUUAUUUCCGCAUCAGCUGGAAGCUCUGAAUUGGUUGCGUAAAUGCUGGCAUAAAUCCAAAAAUGUAAUACUUGCAGAUGAGAUGGGGCUAGGGAAAACGGUAUCGGCUUGUGCUUUUAUGUCAUCAUUAUAUUUCGAGUUCAAAGCUACACUGCCUUGUUUGGUUUUGGUUCCUCUUUCAACGAUGCCUAACUGGACAGCUGAGUUUGCACUAUGGGCUCCUAACCUCAAUGUUGUGGAGUAUCAUGGAGGCGCAAAAGCCAGAACCGUAAUUCGCCAGUAUGAAUGGCAUGCCAAUGAUCCGAGUGGGUUCAAUAAGAAAACAGCUUCUUAUAAAUUCAAUGUUCUUUUAACUACUUAUGAAAUGGUUCUUGCUGAUUCCUCUCAUCUACGUGGGGUCCCUUGGGAAGUUCUUGUGGUUGAUGAGGGGCAUCGUCUGAAGAACUCGGGUAGUAAGCUUUUUAGCUUGCUCAAUACAUUUUCUUUCCAACAUCGUGUACUGUUGACUGGUACUCCUCUUCAAAACAAUAUAGGAGAGAUGUAUAACUUGCUAAAUUUCUUGCAGCCGGCUUCAUUCCCUUCUCUUUCGUCAUUUGAGGAGAAGUUCAAUGAUCUUACAACUGCAGAAAAAGUGGAGGAACUGAAGAAACUUGUUGCUCCGCAUAUGCUUCGGAGGCUUAAAAAGGACGCUAUGCAGAAUAUCCCCCCAAAGACUGAAAGAAUGGUUCCUGUUGAGUUGUCAUCCAUACAAGCUGAAUAUUAUCGUGCCAUGCUGACAAAGAAUUAUCAAAUUUUACGCAACUUGGGAAAAGGGGUUCCGCAGCAAUCAAUGCUGAACAUUGUGAUGCAAUUAAGAAAGAUUUGCAACCAUCCUUAUCUCAUACCAGGAACUGAGCCUGAUUCUGGGUCAGUUGAAUUCCUUCAUGAAAUGCGCAUUAAAGCUUCAGCCAAGCUGACUCUGCUGCAUUCUAUGCUUAAGGUUCUACAUAAGGAAGGCCAUAGAGUCCUUAUAUUUUCACAAAUGACAAAGCUUCUUGAUAUCCUUGAGGAUUAUUUGACCAUUGAAUUCGGGGCCAAAACAUUUGAGAGAGUGGAUGGCUCUGUUUCAGUGGGUGAUCGUCAAUCAUCGAUUGCGCGUUUUAACCAAGACAAAAGUCGAUUUGUUUUCUUGUUAUCAACACGCUCAUGCGGCCUUGGGAUCAAUUUGGCCACUGCUGACACUGUGAUUAUCUAUGAUUCUGACUUCAACCCGCAUGCGGAUAUCCAAGCAAUGAAUCGGGCUCAUCGAAUUGGACAAUCAAAUAGACUUUUGGUGUACAGGCUUGUUGUUCGUGCUAGUGUUGAAGAACGCAUCUUGCAGCUUGCUAAGAAGAAAUUGAUGCUUGAUCAGCUUUUCGUCAACAAGUCUGGAUCUCAAAAGGAGGUGGAAGAUAUCUUACGAUGGGGAACUGAAGAACUUUUUCAUGAUUCCUCUAUCAUCACUGGAAAAGAUACAGUUGAGAGUCAUAGCAACAAAGAUGAAGUAGUUACAGAUGUAGAACAUAAGCACAAGAGGAGGGCUGGUGGCCUGGGGGACGUGUACAAGGAUAAGUGUACAGAUGGCAGCACCAAGGUUGUGUGGGAUGAAAAUGCAAUUCUGAAAUUGCUUGACCGUUCAAACCUGCAAUCCAGUUCGCCUGAUAAUGCUGAAGGGGAUUUAGAGAAUGAUAUGCUUGGCUCAGUAAAGUCGCUGGAGUGGAAUGAUGAACCAACAGAAAUGCCAGGGGGAACUGAAUCACCUCCCGUUGUAACCGAUGACAUGUUUUCCCAAGCUUCUGAAAAGAAGGAGGAUAAUUUGGUUAGUGGCACUGAAGAAAACGAAUGGGACAGGCUUCUGCGAGUGAGAUGGGAGAAGUACGAGAAUGAGAAGGAAGCAGCACUUGGUCGAGGGAAGCGCCAAAGGAAAGCUGUUUCUUACAGGGAAGCAUAUGCUCCACACCCUAGUGAAACAUUAAGUGAGCAGAGUGGUGCUGAAGAGGAGCCAGAGCCAGAACCAGAGCCAGAGCGAGAGUAUACACCAGCAGGACGAGCUCUGAAAACAAAGUUCGCCAAGCUUCGUGCUAGACAGAAAGAACGACUAGCUCAGAGAAAAGCAAUUGAAGCAUCUGGUCCCAUUGAGGAAUGGUCCGGACCCGAGUCACUUCCUCAACACCCUUUAUCCAAUGAUAAUGAUGGGGAUCAAGUGACUCGAUUAGUUCAAGCUGUUGAAGAGAAGGCUUCGAUGGUUGACUUGGAAGAUUACAAAGUUGGUCAAACAUUGGAUUCACUGAAGAGCAAGGCUGACUCAAGCCUAAGGCUAGGCAAGAUAUCGAAGCAUAAACUGAGUGAUCAAUUGGAUCUUCAUGUUAAACCUCUUGUCCAUCAUUCUCCUGACACCUUCCUGCCUAGUCACCAGUUACAAGGCACAAGCUAUCCAAGGUCAAUGUCCAGCAGCAACUUGUUACCAGUUCUGGGACUGUGUGCUCCUAAUGCUAAUCAAAAGGAAUCAUCACAUAGGAACCAUUCAAGAUCAUAUAGCAGACAAAACCGGCAAAGAAUUGGACCAGAGUUCCCAUUCCACAUAACCCCUUGCCCUGGGAGUUCGAAUGAGAUGGAUGUUAUAGGUCACGAGACUGCCUCAGACAAAUUAAAAUUGCCGGAUACAUCAGCUGAAAUUCUGCAACAGCGGAUGAAGCACAGCAUGCCCGAUAAUUAUCUCAUGUGUAAUUCGCAUCUUCCGGCUUUUCCUCUACGAAAAGCUUCUGAUCAUUUAGAAAAUUCAGGCACAACUUUGUCUGAUAUUCCAGAAAAGAUGGUGCUGCCUAAAUUACCUUUUGAUGAGAAAUUGCUGCCCAGAUUUCCAUUUCCUGCCAGAAACAUGCCCCAUCCGCUUCCUGACCUGUUACCCAGCUUAUCAUUGGGGACAAGAAUUGGAGAUGCAAAUGACUCUGUGCAAGACCUUCCCACAAUGCCAUUGUUGACAAAUUUGAAAUUUCCACAAGAUGCUCCUAAAUAUAGCCAGCAAGAGAGGGAGGUGCCUCCUAUGUUGGGUUUGGGUCAGAUGCCACCUGCAUAUUCUUCAUUCCCUGAAAACCACAGGAAGGUUCUUGAAAAUAUAAUGAUGAGAACGGGACCUGGAUCGAGCAACCUGCUCAAAAAGAAAACAAAACUAGACAUGUGGUCUGAGGAUGAACUUGAUUUUCUAUGGAUUGGUAUUCGCAGACAUGGACGGGGCAAUUGGGAUGCCAUGCUUCAGGACCCCAGGUUAAAAUUCUCCAAAUUUAAAACUGCUGAAGAUUUGUCAGCAAGGUGGGAGGAGGAACAACUCAAGAUCCUGGAUGGGCCAACUUUUCCAAUGCCAAGACUAAUCAAGCCUACUAAAUCUACCAAAUCUUCCUUAUUUCCUGCCAUUUCUGAUGGAAUGAUGGCAAGGGCAUUGCAUGGAAGCAAAUUUAAUGGGCCCCUUAAAUUUCAAACCCACCUGACGGACAUGAAAUUGGGUUUUAGUGAUCUAGCAUCCAGCUUACAACAUGUAGAACCACCGGAUCAAGUUGGUUUGCGUAAUGAGCAUUUUGCACCUAUUCCUACUUGGAAUGCUGAUAAAUUGCGGGCAAAUUUAUUUGAAGAUUCAAUCGCUGGACCCUCAGAUAGACCUGGUACUUCUUCAAAUGUACAGAUUGAGGAACCAUUUCUGCUGAAUUCCUUUGGAGCCAAUAGAUCGGUUUCUCUAGGGUUUAACUGCUCAGGUAGCUUUGAUUUACAUCAGGUGGAUGGACAAGGAGCAAGUAAGUAUGGGAAGUUACCAAGUCUUCUUGAUAGGUCGUUAAAUGUUUUGCGUGAUUCCAAUAAUAACAUGGGGAUUGGUGAAUCUGCCAGUUCUGCUUUGCUACAUGAUUUUAAUAAAGGUCUGAAUGCGUCCCAUUCCAAGGGGAAAGAAGGGGUAGUUGAAAGUAGUUCUUCAAAGAACAAGCUGCCUCAUUGGCUUCGUGAAGCUGUAAGUGCUCCUGCAAGACCCCCAGAUCCUCAACUGCCACCAACUGUCUCAGCAAUAGCACAAUCAGUUCGCUUGCUAUAUGGGGAAGAGAACCCCACUAUUCCACCAUUUGUAGUCCCAGCCCCGCCUCCUUCCCAACCAAAGGAUCCACGAUGGAGUUUGAAGAAGAAGAAGAAGAAGAAGAAGAAGCGGAGGUCACAUACACUUUGGCAGUUCCCACCAAAUACUGCAGUAACCAGCAAUAACUUCCAAAGUAACCUCCACAGCGACGAUGUUGCUUCAACCUCCAUUCCAUUGGCCCCACCAUUUCCUCUGCUUACACAAUCAGCUGCUGGAACUUCAGGACUGACUUGGAUUGAACCCAACCUCAAUGUGCUCCAUCCUCUCAAUGAUAUGACGAAUCCAUCACCCUCAUCAGUGUGUUCAAAUCCCCAGAGGAAAGCAAGUGCUGGAUUGGCCCCCUCCCCUGAAGUGCUUCAAUUGGUGGCAUCCUGUGUUGGUCCAGGUACCGUUCCAAGCAUGACAAGUUCAAGCUUCCUCGAAAGCAAGCUGCCUUUGUCAAAAUCUGUUGACCUAGGAGGAUUGCCAAACUCAGAAGAUGCAUAUGGGAAAAAGAAAGCUAAGCAGGGUUCACCUCUUGGUUUGUGGGGUCCACUUCAAGGAGGGAAACCAGACCGAACUGAGAGUGGGGAUUCCAGCAAGACUCAAUCAGAUCCUACUCGGGCUACACAGCCUGAUGUAGAGGAAAUAUCAUCAGAGGGGACUGUGUCAGAUCAUCGUGCAAGUGAACAUGAACCAUAGCCUUGAUAUCAGAGUAAUGAGUAGAGAGUAGUUAGUUUUUCCCAUGCUACUAAAGUUUCAGGCCCUUCAUGGAUGUGCUCAAAAUUUUUGUAGGCAUGAUGCAGUGAGUGUUGGACUAGCAAGCAAGUAUAGGAUCUUUUAGGACAUCCCGUGUAAAGCUUCUGUAAGAGAAAUGAAAUACAUGAUGUUGCCUGUUUGUUGCUGCUUCCUUUUUAUUUUUAUUUUUAUUUUUUUAAUA